UUUGAAUCCAGAGAGCGAGAGAUAGUGGUCAGUACGACUUACAUUGUAGUGGCCUUUAACUACUAACAAGAACAACAAACAUGGCAUCUGCUCUGGAACAUUUCGUUAAUAAUGUUACGUCAUUGUCCUCACAAGGAAACUAUGGAGAAGUAGUGAAGUAUGUGAGCAAAAGCACUGAAGUUUUAGCCAAAAAUGUUGCUCAUCUGGAUACUGUUCUUGCAACCUUGCAGCCACAAAGCCAUUCUCUGGGAGUAAUGGCAGUGCUCUGUGUUAGGCUGCAGAAUACUACUCACACUGAUGCAAAUAUUGAUACCCUGCAUGCUACUGUGGCAGAAUUCAUUAGUGUCUGUGCUGAAGAACAGAUCAAAUAUGCACCUGAUAUGAUGGCAGAUCUUUGUGGAAGUUAUGCAGAUUUGUUAGUAGCAGGGAGUUGUGCCAUGCGAGGAAUAGAAGUGCUGAGCACUGCAAUUCGCAAGACUCAGGAGUCUCCGCUUCAUCUUACCUCUAUCCAUGCCCACUUGGUACACCUGUGUCUUGUAUCCAAGUGCUUUAAGCCUGCCCUUAAAUUCAUGGAUGUAGAUAUCAUGGAUAUUAGUAAGGAGCGUAAUGGUUAUGAUGUCAAGCACUUCCUCCUCUAUUACUACUAUGGGGGUAUGAUUUAUACUGCAAUAAAAAAUUAUGGAAGAGCGCAGUACUUCUUCCGUGUUUGCAUCACAACUCCUGCCUUGGCUGUCUCUCACAUCAUGCUAGAAGCUUUUAAGAAAUAUAUUCUUGUCUCUCUCAUACUUGAGGGGAAAAUUGGAAAUAUCCCAAAAUACGCCUCUUUGGUGGUAACUCGCUUCAUUAAGCCUUUAAGUCAAGUCUAUUGGGAUCUUGGAACAGCAUUUGGCACAAAUUGUCCAGACAAAGUAUGCUCUGUUAUAAAUAAAAAUCAAGAGACAUUUGCGAGAGACCAGAAUAUGGGGCUAGUGAAGCAGUGCUUAAGUGCUCUUUAUAAGAAGAACAUCCAGCGCCUCACCCGUACAUUCCUAACACUCUCUCUGGCAGAUGUGGCCAAUCGUGUUCAAUUAUCAACUCCGCAGGAAGCUCAGAAGUAUAUAUUGAAUAUGAUUGAUGAUGGUGAGAUACAUGCCAGCAUCAAUCAGCGGGAUGGAAUGGUAGUGUUUUUGGAUAACCCAGAAAAGUAUAACUCCCCCAUCAUGAUGGCGCAGCUUGAUAAAGAG